CUGUUUCCACCACCUUCGUACUUUGAUGCUUUCUUGUGCCCCCGUCUUGCAGCGAUACACAAUACUCUGGAGCAUCUGCUUCCUGCCCCGAAGGUAUUAAGUUUGUGUUCUGAUUAAUAAGGAUCGUUAUAUCAACGAUAGGCAAUGGAGGAUCAGGGAGAUAGUUCCUUGAAUUUAUUCAACAACUUGUCUAUUUGGAAAGAUUAUGGAGAAUAUGGGGUUGUGAGUGCUAUAGUUAUUGGUAUACUUAUACCUGUCUUGCUUUCGGCAUUGUUCAUGGGAAAGAAGAGAGGAAAAGUAAGAGGUGUUCCAGUAGAGGUCAGCGGUGAGCCAGGAUAUGCAGUACGUAAUGCUCAAAGGGUAGAUUUAGUUGAAGUUCCUUGGGAAGGAGCUACAACCAUGGCUCAUCUAUUUGAGCAGUCAUGUAAGAAAUACUCCAAAAGGCGAUUUCUUGGGACAAGGAAUAUAAUUGAAAAGAAGUUAGUUCCAUCACAUGAUGGUAGACAGUUUGAGACACUCCAUUUAGGCAAUUAUGAAUGGCAAACUUAUGAAGAGGUAUUUGCUCGUGUGUGCAACUUUGCAUCUGGGCUUAUUAGAUUUGCUGAUAACAAAGAUAGUCGUGUUGCCAUUUUCUCUGAUACUCGGUCUGAGUGGCUCAUUGCUCUUCAGGGUUGCUUUAGGCAGAAUAUAACAGUUGUUACUAUUUAUGCUUCUCUAGGGGAGGAUGCCCUGAUCCACUCACUUAAUGAGACUCAAGUAUCCACCCUCAUCUGUGACGCCAAGCAGUUGAAGAAGUUAGAUGCUAUAAGCUCAAACCUAACGUUUAUCCAGAGUGUGAUUUAUUUUGAAGAUGAUGACUCAUUGAAUAAUGAUGCUUUAGGAGAUUUGAGAAAGUGGACAAUUGCGUCUUUUGGUGAUGUUGAGAAACUUGGGAAAGAAGGUCCUAUUCCGCCAAACUUACCUUCUAAGGAAAAUAUUGGACUUGUCAUGUAUACAAGUGGCAGUACAGGUCUACCAAAGGUUUGUAACUUCAUUUUGUUUUCGGGAGUCAUGAUUACUCAUGGAAAUGUUGUAGCGACUACAGCAGCUGUUAUACCAAUUAUUCCAAAUCUUGGGACAAAGGAUGUGUACAUGGCAUACUUGCCCCUUGCUCAUGUUUUUGAAUUGGCUGCAGAGUCUGUGAUGCUAGCUGCUGGUGCUGCUAUUGGUUAUAGCUCUCCAUUGACUUUGACGGACACAUCUAGUAAAAUUAAGAAAGGAACCAAAGGAGAUGCGACUGUGUUGAAGCCCACACUUUUAACUUCAGUACCAGCUAUUCUUGAUCGUAUUCGAGAUGGAGUUAUGAAAAAGGUUGAGGAAAAAGAAGGGCUUGUGAAGACUCUUUUUCAGAUUGCAUACAAGCGUCGACUUGCUGCUUUAAAAGGAAGCUGGCUGGGAGCUUGGGGAUUGGAGAAACUGUUGUGGGACCUCAUUGUCUUCAAAAAGAUUCGUGCCCUGCUUGGAGGUGAAAUUCGGAUGAUGCUUUGCGGUGGAGCCCCUCUAUCUGCAGAUUCACAGCAGUUUAUUAAUAUAUGCAUGGGGGCUCCCAUUGGUCAAGGAUAUGGCUUGACUGAAACAUUCGCUGGAGCUACCUUCUCUGAGUUUGAUGACAACAGUGUGGGACGUGUUGGUCCUCCUCUUCCUUGUUGCUACAUUAAGCUUGUUUCUUGGGAAGAAGGUGGAUAUAUGACAUCAGAUAAACCAAUGCCUCGGGGAGAGAUUGUAGUCGGGGGAUUUAGUGUGACAGCUGGCUACUUCAAGAAUCCUGAAAAAACUAAUGAGGUGUUCAAGGUUGAUGAGAAGGGUAUACGUUGGUUUUAUACUGGUGAUAUCGGAAGGUUCCAUCCUGAUGGGUGUCUUGAGAUUAUAGAUAGGAAAAAGGAUAUUGUCAAACUUCAACACGGAGAAUAUAUCUCUCUUGGGAAGGUUGAGGCAGCACUGUCGACAUGUAGUUAUGUGGAUAGUAUUAUGGUUUAUGCAGAUCCCUUCCAUAAUUAUUGUGUGGCUCUCAUUGUUCCUUCGCGUCAUCCUUUGGAGAAAUGGGCCCAGCAAGCUGGUGUUGCGCAUGGGGAUUUUCCUGAUUUGUGCGAUAAACCUGAAACUGUAUCUGAGGUUCAGCAGUCCCUUUCCAAGGCCGCAAAAGCUGCCAAGCUGGGAAAAACUGAGAUUCCUGCGAAGAUUAAGUUACUGCCAGAUCCAUGGACGCCUGAAUCUGGGUUAGUCACUGCAGCUCUCAAGAUAAAGAGAGAACAGCUGAAAGCCAAAUUCAAAGAUGAACUUCAAAAGUUGUAUUCCUGAAUUCUUCUCUUUGGUGCAUUAUCUCUAUUCACAAUACUAUGUUAACUUUUUGAUUUUAUUUCAUAACUAUAUUUUGCACCCAUGCGAUGCACGGAGCAUCCUUGGGAGAACGAAGAGCUUAAUUUCACAUAGUAUCUAUUUGUAACUAUCGUUAAAACAUGAAGACCGCAUAGUCAAAUGUAUUAUUAAAUUACCAUCA